AAUGGCGUAGAAGCAACAUGGCGUCACGUAUACGGUGCCGAUGAUCUCGUUUUCGAGCCGCGUCUCGCGAUCCGGAUAGAGCUACGGUUUACGGCGUGCACGACGAAACGACGAGCGGACGUCCGCUGACGGCCGUGUGUAAGACUCACACGACUCGAGUAUCGCUUCGCGAGCCUCAAAUACGAGCUUGUUUAUAGGCGGUCGCGCCGCACGUUAAGGACGUUGGAACGAGCGGCGGCGACAGUGAUUGUAGUGACUGUAGUGACUACGGUGACGGAAUUGUGACGGAUUGUGAAUCGGUGCCUGACGAUAUAUCGCAUCGGCAGUCACCUCAUCUAAUAAAAUCUCGCGUGUAUUUCCUUCUGUGCGUCUUUGAGCGAAGAGAUUCGUUCUCGGUCUUGUCUCGCUGACACGAUGAAGGACACGAGAUAUCGUUUCCGCGCGUAAGCAUCGUGUGAGCACCGUCGCGACGGCGGGGUAAUGUGUGUUGACGUGCGCGAGUGAGCCAUUCUCCUCCACAUAUCGUCCUUGUUUCGGGCCUGCGGAGGAGUCAGUGAGCGACGACGUGCGCGACGACGACGACAACGACAACGACGACGACGACGUGCGUACACGGUGACGGCGACGCGUGACGUUUAGCAUCUCGUUCACCAUGGCGGUGAAUCCGCGUGAUAUGGACGGUUUCAUGCCGCUCCUGUCAACGACGGAUAUCAAGAAGAAGCUGAACGUCGGCAACGCGCUGUUAAAUUAUCUCGGUGACUCGACCAAUAGCAUCGAGUGCCAGGACAUUGGCAUGUUCAUCGACAACGUUAUACCUUGGCUUGGCAACGGCAACCCCAAGGUUGUUCAAAAUGGUUUAGAAAUCCUGACGUAUCUCGCGGAUCGGAUGGGUCAUGAUUUCAAGCCUUACAUCUCCACCAUCAUUCAGCCGACUAUAGAUAGGCUAGGUGACAGUAAAGAUGCCACUAGAGAAAAGGCGCAGUUAGUGCUCCUAAAGAUCAUGGAAAAGGGAUGCAUGUCGCCCCAGAACCUUCUUGAUAGACUUCGUCCGGCUUUUAUUCACAAAAAUGCGAAAUUACGAGAGGAAGCUCUGAUUUUGUUGACGACAACGUUGAAUGAACACGGAGCAGACGAGAUGGCUUUAUCAGGCGUGAUCCCGAGUAUUGUCAAGAUGUUGUCUGAUCCUUCAGAAAAGGUUCGGGAGACCGCUUUGAACACGCUGGCGGACAUUUAUCGGCAUGUUGGCGAGAGAUUACGUGUCGAUUUGCAACGAAAGCACAAUGUGCCGCAAGCCAAAAUGCUCUUAUUAAUAGAGAAGUUCGAUCAAUUGAAGGCAGCCGGCGAUCUUCUACCUUUAGCAAUGUCAUCUGACGUUGGUAAAGACAGUGAUGAAAUCGACAGAGCGAUUAAAUCGGCUCCUGUCAAAAGGUUGAAUAUGCCUCCAAAACGAGGUCAAUUUGGGCCUGCUAGGACGCCAUCCUCUGCUUUAGCUCCUCCUGGUUCAUCCUUCACGGUCCCAAGGUCAACAACUGUCAAAAGAACUCUGUCAGUAAGAUCAGCAGCAGCACAAGCCGGAGCCGUCGACGAAGAAUACUUUAUCACUUCAUUUGAAGACGUACCUACUACAACUUUAUUUUCGGCGAAGGAUCUCGAAGAACAGAUGAAGAGUAUCAGGGAGACGGUGGGCGACGACAAGAAGGACUGGAAACUAAGAACAGAAAACAUGAAAAAGUUAAGGGCCAUUAUACUCGCAGGUGGCACUAAUUACGAAAAUUUCCACGAGUGCCUAAAGAACAUGCAGCGACCAUUCGAGCAGGCCUGCACAGAUCUUAGAUCCCAAGUAGCGCGAGAGGCGUGUGUAACUCUAGCCUUUCUGAGUCAGAGUCUGAAGAACAAAUUUGCCAAUUUUGGCGAGGCGGUUUUGCUAACGUUAAUGAACCUCAUACAGAACAGUGCCAAGGUCGUGGCGACAUCCGGUGCAGUGGCAGUUCGGUUUAUUCUUCAAAAUACCCACUGUAGUCGAUAUGUGCCUAUUAUCAUAUCGUGCGUGAGUAACAAGAGCAAAGACAUUCGUAAAGCAACCUGGGAAUAUCUGGCUCUAAUUCUGCAGACGUGGCCUACGCAGAUAUUGCAGAAGCACAUAACAACAUUGCCGGACGCGCUUAAGAAAGGCAUCGCGGACUCCGAUCCGGAAGCGCGAGUUUUUGCCAGGAAAUCAUUCUGGGCAUUUAAAAAUCACUUUCCAGAGCAGGCUGAGAUACUACUUAAUAAUUUGGACGCGUCAUAUAAACGCUCUUUGAUGUCUCUCAGCAAUAGCGGCAGUAGUAACAGCUUAAAUGUCGUGGCUAAUGCGAGAUCAUCGAGCGUUAGCCCACGAACAGCCAGACCUGCGAUGAGCGCGGCAGACCGAGGUACACCGGGUGGUAUUAGAUCUACUAGCGCGAUCGAUUUGCAAGCUGCUCAAAGGGCGAAGGCCAGGACAAUGUAUGCGAAUAUGAGUAGACAGAAAGCAGUAGCAGCACUUCCUCGCCCUAGUAAGUCUCCGGAUCCUAACACAAUUGCUAGUCCAGAAAGAGUUGCAAGGACAAGAACGAGAAUGUCGGGAGUUUCGCAAUCUCAACCUAGUAGCAGAUCAGGAUCCCCAUCAUCUAGAUUGAACUACGCCACGUACAAUCGCGAAGGCGAGUCACUAAUAGGCAGACCAAGGCGUUUAUCCGGUCACGGUAUCGGCAGCACAAGCAACAGUCGCGAACCCAGUCCACAGAGAUUUGGAAUGGACAGAAGUUUUGCAAGCAAACUAAGAGGGAGAAAUCUACAUAUGUCGCCGACAGAUAGCACUAGACCACCAGUCAUGGCACAGAAAAUGUUGCUAAAAUCACGCGAGGCGGAAUCCGCUUUGGCAGAUGCUUUGACUCUUGAUAGUAUCGACAAUUACAGCAGAAUACCAGGUGGCAAAGGAGAUCAUAGUGACGACAGUGAAAACAGCAGCAUAUGCUCGGAACGAAGCAUAGAUGGUUACAGACGAGCUAGCGAUUCAUACUCAUGGAGUGGCUCUCAACCGAGACUAUACCGUGAUCUAUGGGAUCAGUCUAUCCCAAAGGACAUCAAAGAAAUUAUUGAAAACUGUGCUCAUAAACAUUGGGGAGAUCGGAAAGAAGGCUUGGUGGGCUUACAGCAUUAUUUGAAUAGCGGAAAUACAUUGACAACAUCAGAUUUGCGUAGAGUGACGGAUAUUUUUACGAAAAUGUUUAUGGAUUCUCAUACCAAAGUCUUCAGUUUGUUUUUGGACACAUUAAAUGAACUAGUGAUGACUCACAGCGAAGGUCUUGGUGAUUGGCUUUACGUUUUAUGUGCAAGAUUGCUCAAUAAAUUGGGCACCGAUCUAUUGGGAUCCAUACAAACAAAGAUCCAGAGAACGCUUGAUAUUAUAAGAGACUACUUCCCGGGACAACAGCUUCUACCGGCUGUCAUGAGGUAUCUUACAGAUCCAACACAAACACCAAAUUCUCGCGUGAAAGUAGCAGCAUUGAAAUUUAUCGCACAGAUCGCCGAGACGGCGGAACCGUCCGCACUUACCAGUUCUGCAGGGACAGCACUUGCGCGACUACUUGACUGGUCGAAUGACGGUAAAAGCCAAGACGUGAAGAGGCACGCGCAGAAUGCUGUGAUAUCACUUUACAAUCUCAAUCCACCUCAAGUUACUAUGAUACUUUCCGAGUUGCCAAAAUACUAUCAAGAAACAGCUUGGCCCCUAGUGCAAAAUCAUUUAAGGAAAUCGUCCGCUUCGAGUAAUCCGGCUUCGCCCGGGACACCACCACCUAGAGCACAAAGCUCGCCAGCUCGAACGAAAGCGAAGAAUGACAUUAAAAUAGAUGCGAGAACCGAAAUUGACGGAGGAGAUGAAAAUAUGGAGGAAGUGUACAAAUCACUACGGCGCACAACCGCUGAAAUUCAAAAUUACGGCUUUGAGCGUCUGAGAGCUACUACCAGCAAAGACAGUGGAAUCAGCAAUAUGGCCGAUGUAGAAGAAAGAAUGGAAGGUCUUACUUUAUCUAAUUCGGGUCGAUCUUCGUCGGUUUCUUCACCAACGCAACGAGGACGAUCUAGUAAUAUAACGGUGAACGGAUCCGAUACGAUCGCUGGUGAUUUGAUUCUACCUCAAGAGAAUAAUGGUUAUAAAACGCACGGAUCAUCGCCUGAUUUAACGAAUAGACCAGAAAUAGUAGAUAAUAUGGUUAAAAUCCUGCAAUCUAAAGUGGCGCAAACUACAGAAAAAGUAUCGGUGUUACAAGAAUUUCAAUUAUAUGUCCGCGAAGGGGAUGCGUUGUAUGUCAAACGAAAUUUCAAAAAAGUGCUCAAAGUUUUAUUAGAUAGCUUAUCCAAUGAUGGUAAAGUGAUACAGGUAGAAGUGCUUCAAACGCUAAUUGAUAUGCUUAAGUGUCAAGAAUUGAUAGAGUGUUUCUCUUCUUACAAUGAAUUGCUAGUACUGAAAGUUAUUUACGCCUACAAAUCCGAUGAUCAGAAGGUUGAUUCUUCUAGCGGUAGCGGCGGUAGAUCUCCAGUACAUUGGAACGCGGAAAAGUGUGCAGCGACGAUGGCUAUGGUUUUGAAGCCUGAGCAAAUUAUACAUUUAGUUUCCACCAUAAUCGCUACGGAGUCAUAUCCAUUAAAUAUGGGUGCGAUAAAGAUGUUGCACAAGGUUGUGGAGCAUUGGGGACGCGAUGCUAUCGAACCUCAUCUUGCCAAGGUUAUGCCAGGUCUUAUUAAGGCCUAUGAUGACGCUGAAAGCGCAGUACGCAAGAGUGCAGUUUUUUGUAUGGUGGCGAUCCAUGUCGCAGUCGGCGAGGAGGUGCUGAAACCACACCUGAGCAGCCUGUAUUCCAGCAAGCUGAAAUUGUUAAAUAUUUAUAUACAACGUGCGCAGCAACAGGCGAAUAGUACACCCGCCAGUCCACGUAGCAACAGUAAAAAUUAACUAACAUCCAAUACCACGACUCUCAGGGUCGCGAUACUUAAGAGAUUCGCUCGUUUCGGCGCGCGGCAUGAGCGAAUGCUUAUGAGCUUCCUCAGUAAGUCCAAUCCAUAAGGUUCGACGAUGGUUUUACCAAUAUGACUCGGAAGUUUUGAUACAAUAGAGACUGAUGAUGUGUGUAAUGUGUGUGUGCGUCACUUCGCGGUAUGCGUGCUUGUGUAAAUCUGUGCUCAAGAUGACAGUGAUGUUGCGUGUGAAACCAGAUGAUUAUCCUGAUAUUACGUUUCUCUUGUUACUAUUUGAUUAUAGAAAAAGUGCGAUUAUUAAUGUUAAUUAAUUACAAAUGUGAGAGAGAUGACUUUUUACAUGAGCGUCACACAGUAAUUUUGAUUAGCAAAUAUUGCUCCGUGAUUACGCUUAUUAUCUGCGAAAGAAUUAUAGAAUUAUUUGUGUAAUAUUACAUGUUUGUUUGCAAAGUAAACAGCUUACGGUUUGUUUAAUUCUGCUAAUUGGUGUUUUUAUUUUAUUUUCUUUUUUUACUACGAUACAUGUAUUUAUAUAUAUAUAUAUAAUAAUUUAUACAUGCAACAAAUACACUAUGUUUUAUGACGGAUAGUCACAGUAUUCGGGAAGUACAGUAUUUUUGUUGAUCAAGUUUUUAUUUUUGCAAACCACAUAGCAGUGUUGGAACAUACUUUUUUUCAUAAGGCUUUAAUUCUUCCAUCAUCGUGAAAUAUUUAGUAAAUCACUAACUAAGAAUACGCAAGGCAACAUCACUGUCUACGGAUUCGAUAUCUUUUAAUGCGCAGCCGAAUGCUAAUCAUGCGAGCUACCAGUGAACGUUACGUUAAAUAUACUGUAUGCUUGUUACUGAGUGCCGAGCGUAAUCGCGUGUACGGCAAUACGUCGUGAUGCAUCUCGCAGCAACAACACGUGAUAAAGAAAAUAUGUGUAUAAUUUAUUCGUUUGAAAUUUAUGUGCUAGUCAGAUUCCCAAGGACGCACAAUGAUGUAAAAGACACAAACGGAAUAGUCUUUUUUGACGAACCCUGCAUAGACACACAAAUAAUACAUAUAUACAUACAAGAAGAAAUAUGUGUGUGUGAGAGAAAAAAAAAGAGCAAUUUUAAUGAGAGAAUGGGAGAACAUGUGGCUGAUAGAUUGCGCGUGUUUAAAAAAAAAUAAACAAAUAAAGUAACAGUGAUUAGCAAAUCGAUCUGCUCGAAACUAACGUUAACACUUAAACUAUUCAUCACGUUGCCAAUAAUUGAAUGAACGCUAAAUCAAACGCUAACGUAACGAGUUUAAUAACACUUUGUGCCAUUGUCGUUUCUGUUUAUUGUAUAAGAAAAAAUUAUAUAUAUAUACAUAUAUAUAUACAUAUAUAUAUACAUAUAUAUAUAUAUACACAUAUAUACAUAUAUAUACAUACAUACAUAUAUAUAUAUAUAUAUAUAUAUAUAUAUAUAUAUAUAUAAUAUGUAGAUUCUUUUUGUCCUUUUCUUACUAUAUAUAUUUAGUCGAGAAAUACAAUAUAUAUAAGGAUAAUAAAAUUUUAUUAUAAAUUCAGCAAAAUGAAUUAUUGAAGAGUGUUAUGAGAUAUUGGAAAUUUGUUAGAAACGUUUGCGUUAUUUGACGUAAGUAUUAAAAAUGUACUGGUUAUAGAAUCGUUUGUCACUUGAUAUCAAACACCUAACACGAAUCUCUAAAAGUCUUUUAAUACUUCAGCGUGAUGACGCAGUAAUUCAAACAUCUCGAAUACAAUAUGGCCAAAUAGUGCCAAAAAAAAGUAUUGAAUAAAGAAUGAGGAAUUCGAAUAAACACGAAAAAAAAAAGAAAAAUAUGACAGACUGUAUUUCUUUUACUUGGUGCCUUCGGCGUCGAAGCGACGGGAUUUGAUUGUCUUUCAUCAUCACUUAGGAACAAUUUCGCUGAUAGUACAGACAAGAUUAAAGAAAAGAGAAGAUACAAAGUCUAAUUCUCUGUUGCCGACGUCGUAUAAAGUGAAUACUUCGAGAUAAAAACAUAUUGAUUAAUCUCGUGUAGUGUAUAGCGUAUUACGAUACGAACUCGAUAUUUUUUUCAUUCUGCGCUCCGAAUAGAAUCUCGAAAGUUUCGCGAAUAAAUAUUUAUUCUACGCGCCCCAUUUGCACGCGCGUGUUGCUUGCGUGACAUUUUAUUCGAAAGCUGAAUUAUUAUCAAGACAAUUCAGUAGGCUUUCUCUCUCGAGUUAGGAGGAGAGGUGAAAAGGAGUUUCGUUGUGCGCAUUUAAUAAACGAUAUUACAUGCGGCAUUUUCACGGAAUAAUCGCAUUUUUAGAUUCUCUGAAGGUCCAUAUGCGCCAAUUAAGGAACAGGACAUCUGCAAAAUUACCGCGUAUAAAAUUAGAGAAUUCAAUGCAAGAAAAAUCACAUACAUCCCUGUGAAUAUCUAUUUGAAAUACGAGUCUUACAAAAUGAGAUUGUGAGUUCGGUACUCUUUCUAGCAUUGAACACUCCAAUUUUCAAUAUUCAGAUUUGCAAAAAUUUGAUUUUGCGCCGACUUAGAGCCUGUGUAUUACGAUUUUAUGUAUAUACAUAUACAUAUUAUACAAUAUAUAAUAUGUAGAACCUAAUAUAUAUAAUUGAUAUACAGAUAUGUUAGGUAGCUCAUCGUCACUGCCUGCAGCGUUGUGGUCGUGCUCGAGGAUACGAGAGGCUCUCUGACACAGCCAGACUCUGCGUGGUGAUCACGUUUAUCGAUUCGCUUGUUCUGUUAAGUUUUACGAGCGUUAUUAUUAUUAUUAUAUACCGAUAUAUUCGAGAAACUUGCGUUAUAACUGUCAAUGCGUGUGUGAUAUACGUAAGGAUUUACUUGUGUAACGAGCAUUACGAACGAUCCUCGGCAAUAUUCCCUUUUUUCCUUUUCAUGCGAACGCAAACCGGGAUCGUUUAAUCGACGGAGAAGCUAGAAUAUAAGCUUUGUGCGUUAUCAUUUUAA